AUGCGCUCCGAAAUCGAGGAUUUCAAGCACACGUCGCACCAGCUCGGCGUCAAACUUCUCCAGAUCUUCGCCCGACACUUUGGUCUCGAGAACGACUACUUCUCCAAAGCACAUGAUGACCUAGAAGGCCCCGGCAGUGCCCUGCGGAUGCUGCACUACCCCGUUCUACCCGAACAACCGGACAAGAGCGUUCCCCGACUGUACGAGCACACAGACUGGGGCUCGCUGACCUUCGUGUGGCCCCAGUCGGGAGGCCUGGAGAUCGAGACGCCUUCGAAGCAGUGGAUACCGGUUCCUUUGGUCCCCGGUGGCGUUGUCGUCAACAUUGGGGAUUGUCUAUCGUUGUGGAGCGGCAAGGUGCUCAAGUCGACGCUUCACAAGAUCAACUUUGAUGCUCUUCCUAUUGAUCAGGAGAGGUGGUCGAUGGCGUAUUUUGUGAAUGCGAAUAAUGAUGCCAAACUCGAGGUUCUCAGCAGCGAAGCUAGAUCUGCGUCGGUCCAAGACUUCUCCGAGGUGCUCACAAUGCAUCAUUACGCCCAGGCGCGCAUCUACAUGUCACAAGCGCUAGAUGCCAAGAACAAUUGGCUGGCCAGCGACACUCGAGAUUUGAAGCCAAUAAUGAAAGUUGUUGACGUGAUAGAGCAGCUCGGUAUUGCCAACGGGAAUGGGGCUUUGAACGUGAUGAAAUCAGUCGCGGCGUGA